AUGAAUUUUACAAUUAAAACUCUUUGGAACUCAAUACCUAUCAGCGGUGAUCGACAUGUUCAACUUGUUCUUUCAUCAACACCUGAAAACGACCAUCUGCUCAUUGAAAUUCAUGCACCAUUUUUCAACGAUUCUCUUCCAUUGGGACCAGUCGGCCCGUUUGCAAAUUUGUGGAAUUAUGAAGUUGUUGAGCUAUUUUUCUUGGCAUCAUCAACAAAUCAUUACAUCGAACUCGAAUUCUCUCCGCACGGUCAUUAUCUUGUUCUUUUAUUGACCGAUCGGCGCAAAUUACUGAAGGAUAUGCUACAGUUAACCGAGUAUCGAGUAGAACCUCCAUUACUUGAUCGAUGGUACGGUCGAGUUCUUGUUCCUCGAGCUCAUUUUCCAGCUCACAUCGACCUUUUUAAUGCCUAUGCUAUUCAUGGUGAGGACGACAACCGCAUCUAUGAAGCGCUUUAUCCUGCGCCAAUGGAAAGUACUAAACCUGAUUUUCAUCGUCUCGAGCUUUUUCAACCAUUGAAUUUUGAAAAGCUGUUAAACAUCGGUGACGAAGACGGUGAUAGCUGGAAUAAUCAAGCGUCUCAUUCAGUCUAUAAUUAUUCUUUACUAUUUCUAAUUCUCGUCUUAACCAUUCUCUUGUGGAAACUUUAA